GCAAAUUCCUCUUUUUCUGCGGUAUGUGGAACUGGUUGGACUUUAUCAUUGUGUUGGUGUGGAUCAUCAGCAAACUUGCACAGGACGCCAUGCCUGUGAACUCGCAGGUGCUGCGCCUGGCAAGACUGAUCCGGCUCUUUCGGCUCCUACGCUUGGUGCGGCGCAUUCAGCAGUUCGACUCCCUGUACUUGAUGUCCACAGCCAUUCGUAGCAGCUUCGGAAUUCUCGGGUGGACUGCUGCUUUGCUCUUCCUGAUUCAAAUGCUUUUUGCGCUGGUGUUGAACCAGCUUCUCUAUGGGUUCUAUUUCUCGGAGGAACUGUUGAAGCGGGACAAUGAGGAGCUCAGGGACCGCUUUGAAUUGGUCUACACCUAUUUUGGAACGUUCUCUCGCUCGUUGCUCACCAUGUUCGAGAUAACCUUGGCUAAUUGGCCACCUGUUUGCCGUGCUCUUACUGAGAAUGUUACUGAAUGGUUCAUGAUUUUCUUUUUGGUCCACAAAGUUACCAUGGGCUUUGCCGUCAUUGGUGUCAUCAAUGG